GUGUAAUAUAAAGCUCUGCUGCAGGUUUCUGACCAGUCAUAACCGGAUCGGAAGAGCAUCAAACUGAGAUCGAGCUGCAUCACAGCACAGACUGCAGAUCUUCUGAUUAAACACAGAUUUCUGCUCUCUGCUCAGAGGAUCAGGAGGACACAGAGACCUUCAUCAUGGCCACCGCUGACCAGCUGCUAGAGCUGAUUUUCUGCUGGAUCGAGGAGAGGGAGCACUUUGCAGACAAUCUGAGGAAACUGGCGGAGGAGCUGGAGUCACUCAGAAAAAAAUGCAAUGUCGGUGAAUGUGUUGGAAGCUCAUUUAAGGUGUUGGGAGCUGCAAAUAUGAUCGGGGCCGGUCUGGUCAAUAUGUUUACGGGUGGACUAGGUCUUUCACUUAUGAAUUUGUCAACUGCAUAUACAGGCAUAGGUUCCACUAUUUCUAUAGGUACUAAAAUCAUUGAGGGCUUCUUGUCCUGCAGCAUUAUGAAGAAGUUGCAGGAUAUAGAAAAGAAGAGCAAUGAAAUUGCUAAAAAAAUACAGCAGAUACUGAAGCCUGAGAAGGAAGUGGCAAGUUCCUUAGCAGAAGCAGAUGAAUUGGAGCAUCACAUCAUGGCUGAAAUUCUGAGAGCUAUUGCGAGACAGAGUGGUGUAAAUGUUCAAAUCAUCAAUGACUCUGUGAUCAAUGACAUGCUCAAUCACAUGCUUCAAGAGUUUCCUCUGGAGAAGAUCAGUGAUGUGCACAUUCACGGGAUGGGGGGGGGUUUCAUCAGUGUGGGCCGGACAACGAUCAGAGGGGCGCUUUGCGAGACAGAGUGGUCUAAAUGUUCAAAUCAAUAAUGACGCAAUGAUCAAUCACAUCCCUCAAAAGUUUCCUCUGAAGAAGAUCAGUAAUGUGCACAGUCGCGGAGCUGGGGGGGGGGUUUCAUCAGCGUGGGUGGGACAACAAUCAGAGGGGUGCUUUGGAGAUUGGACGGGCACUUCUGACACAGAGAGUAAUCCCCAGAUGAAAGAGACAUGCCUGGAAAACCAUAAAAUUAUGGUUAAUUCUUUGGUUGUUUCAGGUUCUGUGAUUCUUUUAGGUGUCUUUAGUAUUAUUGGACAUGACUGGAAAAGGAUAACUAAAUUGAGUGAUACAAUACGUUUAAGCUUAGCUGGACUUUUAAGCUCAGCUGGAUUUCAAACAACCCUUGCAGGAGGUGUCAUGGUUGUUGGAGGAAUUGGUGUAAUGGCUUGUGAACUUCCUGAAAUGAUUGACAACUGGACAAAAAUGAUCAAGGGGAAUCAUGUGACAAAAGCCAGCAAAUCACUGAGAGACACAGCUGACGGAAUCCAAAACGCCACUCAGACAAUGAAGGAACAGAUUGAAAAAAUCAAGAAAAUCUUACAAGAGAUUGAACAGGAGCAGCAGAAGACAGAAGUGACUGAACAGGUGAAGCAGAAGACGACAGAAGAGACUGAACAGGAGGAAAGCAGUGAGGAAGAGACUGAACAGGAGCAGCAGAAGACAAAAGUGACUGAACAGGUGAAGCAGAAGACAGAAGAGACUGAACAGGAGGAAAGCAGCGAGGAAGAAACAGAGGAUCCUCCUGCAGUGAAAGUGGGGUUGCUCAAUGUUCGUUCAAUACUAAGUAACACAAAUAUGAAGGGAAAAAGACUCAAUAUCAAUAAUCUCAUAACAGAACAUAACCUGGAUGUCUUUCUCAUGACAGAGACAUGGUUAGAAAAUGAAACUGCAGCUGUAGCCCUUAGGCAAGCUGCGCCGCAAAACUUCCAGUUCCAUCAAGAGUCCAGGAUUGGAAGAGGGGGAGGUGUUGCCAUUCAAUUUUCACUGAGGUUGCGCCGUAAAAUAAUUUGUUUUGACUCAAUAACAGUAACAACCUUUGAAUAUGUGGCCACAGCUCUGAGACACAAAGAGUGGGACGAAUAUGUUCUGUUCAUAAAUGUGUAUCACCCAGGGGCAAAAACCAACAAACAGUUCUGUAAAUUCGUUGAUGAGUUUGAAGAGCUCUUGAAAGAGGCUUCCACACUCUACAACUGUAUCGUUGUGGCUGGUGAUUUUAAUAUUGAUCUCGGGGAUAACCGUUCUCUGAAACCCAUUGUGUUUCAAAUUUUCACUGACAGGUAUAGCCUUAAACAGCAUGUAGAUGAGCCAACACACAUCCUAGGUGGCAUCCUGGAUCUGGUUUUCAGCAGAAAUGUUGAAGACUUUAAUGUUGAAGUCAAUAAUGAUAAGAUUUCAGAUCAUUUCACUGUAUAUUUUAGCAUUAGGCCAAUGUCAGAAGGUGCAAAAACUAAAGCAAAUCUGUUAAAAAAGGAAGAAUAAUCAAGUAAAUAUGUGCAGUUAAGUUGAGUCAUAUUUAAUUAUAUAGCGCUUUACGCAAUACACAUUGAAAAAAUUCUAGGAAUUCUAGGAAUUAUAAAUAGCAGUCUGACCACAGGUGUUGUACCACAGGGCCUCAAACAUGCAGUAGUUCAACCCCUAAUAAAAAAACCCAAUCUUGACGCAUCAGUUUUCUCCAAUUACCGACCUAUUUCUAAACUUCCAUUUCUUUCGAAAAUACUUGAGAAAGCUGUAAGUAUACAAUUGCAAUCUUUUUUGGAAUUACAUGGAAUUUUGGAGUUGUUUCAGUCUGGAUUUAAAGCCCUUCAUAGUACAGAAACUACACUCUUAAAAGUUUUUAAUGACCUCUUAUUGAUUACAGACUCAGGAGAUUCUGCUAUUCUAAUGCUGUUAGACCUUACAGCUGCAUUUGAUACUAUUGAUCAUAAUAUUUUGAUCUCUAGGCUGGAUCACUGUGUUGGUAUCAAAGGUAUUGCUCUAGAAUGGUUUAGGUCAUAUCUGUCCGAUAGGAAGUUUUCUGUUUGCCUUGGAGACUUUGUGUCCCAAAUGGCACCUUUUCCUUGUGGAGUCCCUCAGGGGUCUAUUCUUGGCCCGAUGCUGUUUUCCUUGUACAUCCUUCCUCUGGGAUCUAUCCUGAGAAAGCAUGGCAUUUCGUUUCACUGUUAUGCAGACGAUACACAACUUUAUCUGCCACUGAAACGAAAUGAUAACAGCUCUGUAAAAUUAUUGUUGGACUGCCUCGCAGACAUUAAAGCCUGGAUGGCCAUGAAUUUUUUACAUUUUAAUGAGAGUAAAACUGAAAUUGUGAUAUUUGGCCCAAGUAGUACCCAUGUGGGCCCCAACUCAGAAUUGGGUUCCUUAAUUCCGUAUGUUAAAUCUUCCGUUAAAAAUCUGGGAGUAAUCAUGGACGGUGAUUUUAAACUUGAAAAGCAGAUAAAUUCUGUGGUUAAAGUCAGUUUUUUUCAGUUAAGGCUCUUGUCUAAAGUGAAACCUUUUUUGACAUUUAAAGACUUUGAAAGAGUUAUACAUGUUUUUAUCUCCUCUCGAUUGGAUUACUGUAAUGCCAUCUAUGCUGGUGUCAGCCAGGCAUCUCUUUCACGCCUGCAGUUGGUGCAGAAUGCUGCAGCUAGACUACUAAAAGGGGUACGUAAGCGUGACCACAUUUCUCCCAUACUGGCUUCCCUUCAUUGGCUUCCAGUACGGUUUAGGAUUGAUUUUAAAAUUUUAGUGUUUGCCUACAAAUCCCUAAAUGGUCUAGCCCCGACCUACCUUUCUGACCUUAUACAACAACAUGUUCCAUCUAGGUCUCUUAGGUCGACAGAUUGUAUGCUCUUGGCUGUUCCUAGAGUAAGGUUGAAACAUAGGGGAGAUCAGGCUUUCUCAGUUGCGGCCCCUAAACUAUGGAAUAACUUACCAUUGUCUGUGAGGCUGGCUCCAACUCUAUCUGUUUUUAAAUCUAGUCUUAAAACAUAUUUAUUUUCCUUGGCUUUUAGUUCAGUUUGAGAGCUGUGUGUUUUUUGUCGUUUUGAUGUCAUUUUAUUUUUGUUGUUGAUUUAUUAUGUGGGAUGUACAGCACUUUGGUCAACUUCUGCUGUUUUAAAAGUGCUCUAGAAAUAAACUUGACUUUGACUUUGA